AUCGCGUUGUAAGAGCGCUCGGCUUUUAGACCGGCCGGGGACCUUGUUCUUGGGAAGAGGAAACGGGCUUUAUCUGGACUAACCGGGGGGCGGGAGGAGACCCAUUCGCGGGGUCGCCAUGGAGGUGAGCGCGGCGCGGACGUCGUCGAGCGACAUCGCGGACCUGAAUAGCCAAGACGCCCAGACGGUGUGCGAAGCGCUGGGCCGCUACGAAGAAACGCUUCGCGGCGCGGUUAAAGAGAUCCACGUGGAUAUCCAGGUCUUCAAGAACGGCGUGGACCGACAGGUGGCCGAAGUGCUGCGCUUGGCCAACCCGCUGGCCAGCACCGUGGCCGAGCUCCAACAAGAGAACCAGCAGUUGCGGACGCAGGUCGAGCAUUUAACGCAGCAGGUGGAGCUCCUCAGCCGGGCAGCCGGACUCCCGGACGUCUUGAUCUCCAAGCCGGCAUCUCCGACGGCGUUCGCGGCAUCGCCGAAGCUGGGCAGCAGCAACAGCAACAACAGCCGCUUUGCCAGCCACGCUAGACUGUCCCUUUCCAGCAAGAGUCAGAGUUUGGACAUUGAGGACGAAAAGAACUUUAUGAGCAAAAGAACUCCUGAUUCAGGCAUAACUGAGAAUGGGCAUCAGUUGUCAGGAGAUUCUCCUCUUGAGGCACAUGCUCCAGCCAUGUCUUUGCGGAUGCCCCACCAGCCUGUUACUGCAGUAACUAGAGUAUCGGAAACGUUUUCAGGAGAAACAGUUGGAUCGCCAACUGUGCCAAACUCUCCCGGCGGGCAGCAGAGCAAUGCUCAUAAUGAAACUGUGUCCAAAACAUUGAUUCAAGCAGAAAAAGAGGUGAAAGGUGCUAGCAGUUCAACCGUGAACACUGCGAAGAACUGGAGCAUGAGUUCAGUGAGGACAACAAAUGCAUCCUUCACUUCAGAUAAAUUUUCUUCGGGGACAAAAUCCACAUCGACUGUAAACUAUGGAAGCCAAUCUAGUGAAAGUUUCGCCACAAGCCAACAAACCCAGGCUUCAAAGUCUCACUCUUCACCGACUUCGGUCCAUCGACAAGUGGAAAAGCGAAGGGAGCUGGUGAGAUCUCAAACUCUUCCCCGGACCUCAGAGACUCAGUCUAGGAGAGCCCUCUUUGAGAAGUUCGAGCAGGAUACUGGAAAGGGGAAGAAUGUAGGCCGGACCAAACUCAAGAGAUCCCAGAGUUUUGCAGUUGCCAGUGCCAGCAGCAUCAAGCAAAUCCUCUUGGAAUGGUGCCGGUCCAAAACUAUUGGCUACAAGCACAUAGAUCUGCAGAACUUCUCCUCUAGCUGGAGUGAUGGGAUGGCUUUCUGUGCACUGGUACACUCCUUCUUCCCUGAAGCAUUUGAAUACCACACAUUGGACCCCACCAAGCGCAAGGAGAACUUCGAAUUGGCAUUCACAACAGCUGAAAAAAUGGCCAACUGUGACCGUUUGAUUGAAGUGGAGGACAUGAUGCUGAUGGGCCGCAAACCAGACCCCAUGUGUGUCUUCACAUAUGUGCAGUCUCUCUACAACCAUCUUCGGCGCUUUGAAUGAAUCCAGGAAGCCGUGACUCGUUAGAAUGGGACUGCUCCACAGCUGCUUUUGUGCUAAUGUUUGGUGCUGCUACACAGCUGCUUGCAUCCCUGCAGAGGGAAGUCCCAGGCCGCUGGACACAGCCACAAGCCAAAGAGAAAGAAAAGAUAAAAACAGCCAAGGUCCCAGGGCAGCUAGAGCUCUUGCUGAAAAAAAAAAGAUAGAAGGCCAGCAGGUCCUUCCUUGUUCUCUCUAGGCAGCUGUGAAUAGAGAUUCUUGUUCCAAGAAUUUCCUUUUAACUACAUGUGCAAGCUGAUUUGACCAAAUUGACCUAGAGGGAUAAUUCAAGCCUGAUCUCUUCUCCUCUUCCCUCCUUUCUUCCAUAGAUGUCUCUCAAAACUCUGUGUGCUAUGUCUAUCAUUUGUGGGCAGCUAUGCUAUUAGUUGCUUUGUAUUAUACCCCCCUUCUUUCCCCUGAUUCCAUUUCCUUAUGCUCUGGAAUUCCUGGGAUAGAUUAAUGCAUAGAGACAGAUUCCAGUGUGGAUAAUUUGAAGGCUAACGUGCAAAUUCUCCUGAUCACAAGGGCUUCUUGCAUACUUUUAGAACUCUGUGUGUUUCCAAAGGCUGCAGUAUUGAAACCUGUUUUCCUUCAGACCACAAGACUUGCUUGUACAUUAAAAAAAAAUGCUCUUGCAAUAAUGGAGUCUAUUAACCUACAUGCCCACAACUGACACUUCACCACAAUUUGCUCCAGCAUUACUUUCCCCCCAAUAUCUGCUAAUCUGUCCCCGAAAGCUGCAUGCUGAAUCCUGCUUUGGACCUACCUGAAACUGAGCUCAGUAAAAAAAAAAAUGACUCAGACAGGCGAUGUUAUCUGAUACUGAAGCAGGUAUUGGCAACCAUGUGCGGGUUAUCAGAUUUAGCAUUUGGGGAGGGGGAGGUUUAGGGAAAAGAAAAUCCACAUGAAAUGUGCAGAGAAAGGCAACAAAAAAGGGACAAAUGGGGCAGAAAGGCCACAAAAAAAGGUAUGAGGUCGUGAGGCUAUCUGGCUGGAGGAGAACAUAUAUAUUAUUUUUCCGAGUUGUGUGGAGGAGUUUUUUUUUUUUUAAACCUAUAUGAAACCUGUUACAGGUAUACAUUAUGAUGAAGUAGGAGCGGGCUCUGGGGGAGGCAGAAAUGAGAGUUGUGGGAUGCAUAACCCGAACCUUGAAGUUGCUACAAAAAAACUAUAUGAAACCUGUUAUAGGUGUACAUUAUGAUGCAGUAGGAGUGGGCUCUGGGGGAGGCAGAAAUGAGAGUUGUGGGAUGCAUAACCCUGAACCUUGAAGUUGCUCACUCCUGCAACAGAGCAAAAAUACUUACCCCAAAUAGCUACGGUGAUGCACAGGGACUGUGUGGAGAGACUCUUAUGGGCAGAUUGUUGAAAUUCUGCAUAAUACUUGCAUACCUUAAGUCUUCUGGUCUUGAAGGAAUGAGGAGAAUUUGCUCUUUAUGAGAUACAUCAAAUUCCCAGGAGGUGAUUGCCAGAAAGGAGACUGAUUACAGCAAGAGCACCACUGAAUCCAAAAUGUUUGUCCAAAAUAUUUGAAGUACCUGGUGCCAGAUACAUCAGUCCUGGUGCAUGUUGACUGAGAAAUUUGGAUGGUGCCAGAUUGGUAAGAAUCAUUCUAGAAGCAUUUGCUCUGGUAUGUGGGAGAAUUGUGCUCAGUAAAAUAAGGAAGAGGCUUCCAGAUCUUCCAAAACCACCGUGGCUCAAAUGGAGUCAUGGUGCAGAUUAGCCUGGGCUGGAAAAAGUGUUUACAUCCACCCAUAAGAAAUUAUGCUGCACUUAGACACACCAUUAGAGAAAUAGCCAGCUAAGGUGCAGCACGCUUCUAAUCUCAGUUUUGGAAUUUUCAUAUCUUGAAGCUAUUUUGAAAAUGGUCUCAAGUAUUACACAAGAUUUUGCAUGAAAGCAAGUUGCCUAAUAUCAGCAUAAUCUGCUUUAUAUGUGUGACCCUGCUGGCCACUUGUUAAAGAGUUAAAUACGUAGUUCUGUAUUCUGGGGAAAUUAAUUUUGGCUCAAACAUUAUUUGGAUUUGGGCUCAAACUCCUCUAAACCCACUAUUGACUAGGCUAAAUUAUUUACACAAUAUUUUAAUUUCCUCUUGAUUCAGUUAACUGUGUUGUAUGAUUAGGGACAGUGUGACCUGAAUCCUAGGGUCAUGCAAUUUUCUAAACACAAAAUCCAGAUUAACAAAACCCAAUUGCUGGGUUCACAUAGCAUCUUUUGCAUGAAGAAACCAAACUUUGAUUAGGUUGAUGGCCUGAUUCAUAGAAAAUGUAAGAUAAGCACAUUUAAUUUAGCUUCAUCUACCAUGUUCAAUCAUGUAUGCUUGUGUAUGUUUGGAGUAGGGUGUAUGUCAUAAGUCAUGACUUUAUUCAAAUGAAGAAAAUAAUAUCAAUUGGAUAUGACUGACAGAUUAUGGAAUUUGCACCAUUUGUAUAAUGUCAGUGGGUAUGUCCCAUCAUCCUGAUUUUUACAGACAUCUAUGUAAUCACAGCCACUUGGCUAUCCUGAAGCAGCAGGAAUAGGCAUAUGUGUGUUUUGGGGUGAAUUAGUGCUUUUUAGCUGUCUGGCACACACAGUUCUGCUACUACAGACCGUCAUCAACUUCUUGCCAAGUCAAUAGCUUGCUCAGAGUGGUUUCCUGCCUUGGGGCUGUACUGAUGGCCACUAUAAAACAAAUAAAAUAAAGGCAGCUUUG